AUGGAACAAGCAAACAUCUUCGUUUGUGGCGAUGAUUCGUUUGGCCCAAGCGUAAAGUCUGUGGACUGUCGCGGUGGUUUUGAUUUCACAGUCCUUUUCGAAGAAACCAUACUGGCUAUCCUGCCAGCGGCUUGUUUCCUCCUUCUGGUGCCAUUUCGCGCGCUUCGGCUACUUCGUCGUAGGAUCAGGGUCAAGAGAAAUGCUUUGUAUGUGUGCAAGCUGACCACCAUCGGAGCAUACAUUGGACUGCAAUUAGCCCUUCUGGUAUUGUCGACUCAGCGCGUGGUGCGCACGCAGGUCUCCAUCGCUUCGGCGUCGCUAUCGCUGGUCUCCGGCUUGAGCCUUGCGUUGCUGUCGCAUUUGGAGCAUGCAAAAACAAUCCGACCCUCGUUCCUAAUCAAUUUUUACCUGCUGACAACCGUGUUGUUCGACGCCACAAGGGUUCGAACGCAAUGGCUGGCGGGGCAAGACAGUGGUGCUGCGGGCGCUUUGAGUGCUUCGCUCUUCAUGAAAUGCAUCAUGCUGGCGUUGGAGGCUGUGGAAAAGCGAUCUCUCCUCCUUGGUCUUGAUCGCCAUUUCUCGAGAGAGAGUACCAGUGGAAUGAUAAGUCGCAGUGCAUUCUGGUGGCUGAACUCUUUGAUGUUCUCCGGCAGCAAGACCGUUUUGUCAAUUGACAGCUUGCCGGCUAUCCAUGAAAAGUUGAAUUCCGAGGAUCUGGCUCGUGACGUUCAACCAGUCUGGGACCAAUGCAACCAGGAGCGCAAGCAUGCUUUGGCUUUUGCAUGCACGUGGGCGCUUCGCUGGGAGGUUUUAAUGAUUUUGAUCCCCAAAUUUGCUUAUGUCGCACUGAGUCUAUCUCAGACAUACCUGAUUCAAGCCGCCGUGCGGUAUGUCGCAGAGGCUGGCUCUGAUGAGUGGAGUAGCGGCUAUGGCUUGAUUGCUGCUUUCGGACUUGUAUAUAUCGGCCUUGCUGUAAUGAUGGGAUGGUCCUCUCACCUAACUUACAGACUUAUGACCAUGAUGCGAGGGCAAUUGACUUCCCUCAUAUAUAGCAAAGCACUGAUGCUACCCAUAACAGGGGCCAACGAAUCUGCUGCAAUGACAUUGAUGGGAGCUGACGUUCAGUCAAUUGCUGCUUCGUAUCAUUUUCUUUUACUCGAUCUAGUUCCCAGUGUGGUUCAACUCGCUAUUGCCAUAUAUCUUCUCUAUACGCAACUCGGCGCGGUUUGUGUGGCGCCAGUAUUAGUAGCUCUGAUCUCUACUGGUAUAUCAACAGUGCUAGCCGGCCACGUUACCUCACGGCAAAAGCAUUGGUACGGGGCGAUCCAGGAGAGGAUUAAUUACACUUCUGAAAUUUUAGGGUCGAUGCGCAACGUGAAGAUGCUUGGACUCUCCCAGAAGAUGACUGAGAAUAUCCAGAGUAUGCGAGAAGAUGAAAUGAACAUCUCAAGACGUUUUCGAAAAGUCCAAAGCCUUAAUGUUUCUCUUGCUAACGCUCCUUACAUAUUCAACAAUUUCUUGGUAUUUGCAGUCUACGCCAUCGUAGCCAAACUUCAUGGAGGCGAUUCAUUCUCCGUGUCCCAGGCUGUUACGGCACUGGCAGCAGUCACACUUUUAUCGACACCCCUUGGUCGCCUCUUAAAUGCCAUUCCCACUGGAUGGGCAUCCCUAGGCUGCUUCACGCGUAUUCAGGAGUUCCUGCUACAAGAAGUCCAAAUAGAGCAGCGCACUAUCCCAGCAUCAAGACCAAGCCGGGGAUCUGUCGGUCACACUGACGAUAUUGAGCUUCAGUAUCUUGGAAGAAUCAGCGCUAGAAGCGGUCUGCGUAUUGAGAAAUCCAGCUUUGGUUGGUCCAGCUCCUCAAACAUUGUCAAAGAUGUAUCAACAGACAUUGGCCAAGACAUCCAUCUUACUAUUGUGGUUGGACCGGUUGGAUGUGGAAAAUCGACGCUCCUCAAAGGUCUCUUGGGGGAAACACCUAGGAUAAGUGGCGAUGUUUUUGUUCCAUCAUCAAAGAUCGCUUUUUGUGAUCAGACACCAUGGAUAAUCAAUGGUUUCAUCAAAGAUAACGUUGUUGCUGCUUCUGAACUCGACGAAGCCUGGUACCAUUCCGUUAUCAAUGCUUGCGCUCUCGAGGUCGAUAUGAGGAAAAUGCCCGAUGGUGAUCAGACUAUCGUUGGGAGCAAGGGUGUGAAACUCAGUGGGGGGCAAAAACAACGAUUGUCUAUUGCUCGGGCUGUUUACGCCCGAAAGUCUUUAGCGAUCUUUGACGAUGUACUGAGUGGAUUGGACUCGGUAACAGAAGAGAUCAUCUUCCAGCGUGUCUUUGGCCCGGCUGGUUUACUCCGAAAGACAGGGACUCAAGCUGUUUUAGCAACCCACUCAGUGAAACGCUUACCAAAGGCGGAUCUAAUUCUCGCCCUGGAUACAACCGGCAGGAUCGCCGAAGAAGGGACAUUCCAAGAAUUGAAUAAACCAGGGAGCUAUAUCCACAGUCUACGGGUCGAACUCGCGAAAGAGCAAGUGCUCGACGAACAGAGUGGGUGCCAAGAACAGCCUAUCCAGGCAACUGCCACAGGAUUUACCGAAGCUGGUGACAGCAUGGCUCGAAAGACGGGCGAUUGGGCAACGUAUAGGUAUUAUACUCGUGCUUUGGGUCACUGGCCUCUCUCAAUAUUCGUUGCUCUUGUGAUACUUAAUGAAUGCUCCAAUGGGAUGGGUACGGUCUGGCUCAAGUGGUGGGCUUCCGGUAACGAGAGUGAAAUCGGUCAACCUCUAGGAUAUUGGUUAGGUAUAUAUGCUCUUUUCAAUUUGCUUGAAGGCAUCGGACUGUGCAGCGCCGUAGCCUGGCUCUGGAUAUACAUCAUACCCAAAUCUGGAAACAACUUACACCGUAUCAUGCUGGAUGCAGCAACUAAAGCACCAUUAUCAUUUUUCGCUGCAACAGAAACUGGCGUCUUAGUAAAUCGGUUCAGCCAAGAUCUUCGCCUUGCUGAUAUUGCGCUUCCCGGUUCGAUUAUCAAUGUCGCAUUCCAAAUUGGGUCUUGUCUUGUGAUUAUGGCCAUCAAUGUCACAGCCGUACAAUACUUCGUCGCCGUCCUUCCCCCGGUCUGCUUUGUUCUGUAUUUUAUCCAAAGAUUCUACUUGAAGACAUCUCGCCAGCUUAGAUUGCUUGAGAUCGAAGCUAAUGCACCCUUGUUCUCCCAUCUCAUCGAAACUCAAAGCGGCUUGGCGACUAUCCGAUCAUUUGGCUGGACUCGAGACUACACUUUGAAGAAUAGACUGCGGCUAGAUGAAUCUCAGAAACCGUACUAUCUUCUUUUGUGCAUACAAAGAUGGCUUGUGCUAGUCCUCGAUCUCGUCGUUGCCGGCCUGACAGCCGUGCUGGUAGGCAUGGCCGUUGCGCUCAGAACCAAGCUUGACGCCGGUUUCUUAGGUCUGGCCUUGGUAGGCAUGAUGAAUCUUUCGCAUUCCUUGACGGACCUUGUUCAGCAUUAUACUAUGCUUGAGACGACUCUCGGUGCGAUCGCACGAAUUAAGGACUUCGCCGAGAAUACGCCAGCUGAAAGAAGACCUGGGGAGGAUGAUAGCCCCGAUGUAAGUUGGCCAAGCCAAGGAGCAAUUGAGUUCAAGAAUGUCUUUGCAAGCUACAGUGUGGGAGCAUCGCCAGUCCUCAAAGAUGUGACCUUCUCUAUCGAGGGAGGAGAGAAGCUAGGAAUAGUAGGGAGAACCGGAAGCGGCAAAAGCUCCUCGACCCUAGCAAUCAUGCGCAUGAUAGAUCUUGUGGGUGGUAAGAUUAUCCUGGACGGGAUUGAUCUCUCCACCUUGACAGGUGCAGCUGUACGAGAAAGACUCAAUUGUCUCACGCAGGAUCCGUUCCUGUACCCUGCCUCGAUACGCGCCAAUGUCGACCCACUAGAUACUUCAUCCAAUGAAGCCAUCGUCGCAGCUUUGAACAAGGUUGGCCUGUGGAGCGUGCUCAAGAAAAAGACAGCCGAUGAGGAUGGCGACGUGGCCGCGAUUCUGGACACACCCAUGGACCAAGAUUUCCUGUCGCAUGGUCAACGCCAACUCUUUUGCUUGGCCAGGGCAUUACUCAAACCCGGAAAGGUGCUUGUCCUCGACGAGCCCACAAGCAGUGUUGAUACCCGCACAGACGCGCAGAUGCAGGAAAUCAUUCGUUCGGAGUUCAAGAGCCACACUAUCAUCAUGAUUGCUCAUCGGCUGUCGAGCCUUAUGGAUUUUGAUAAGGUGGCUGUACUCGAUGGUGGGCGGCUGAUUGAAUUUGGAAAGCCCGCUGAUCUAGUCAAGGAUAGGUCGAGUGCGUUCACAAAAUUGUAUCAAGGCUCUGCCGUGUCACACUAG